AUGGCUAACUUUCCACUGACUACAGACCAAAAACCAAAACGUCUGAGGCCAUUUGGAAAAAAGGGGCAUUAUUUGUUUGAAAGUAAAAUUCAAAUACAGGAACUAACUAUACAAUUACUAACUGUAACAGUUCUUUUCUUUCCCAUAGUAAUGAAUCAUCAGCACCAGCAGCAACUGACAUCCAGUACAGCCAUUUCCCAGCAAAACCAUCCUACUCAGAAUCCUCAAGCUGGGUUGUUGAGUAUGCCUAAUGCACUGACUACCCAACAGCAACAGCAACAGAAGCUGAGGCUCCAAAGAAUCCAGAUGGAAAGGGAGAGAAUUAGGAUGCGUCAGGAAGAGCUCCUACGACAGGAAGCCGCACUAUGCAGACAACUUCCCAUGGAAUCAGAGAACAUGACCCCAGUUCAGACUGGAGUGAACACAACUACUAUGACACAAGACAUUCGAACAAUUACAAAUAAUGGAUCAGAUCCUUUCCUGAACAGUGGGCCCUACCAUUCCAGGGAACAGAGCACAGACAGUGGCCUAGGCUUAGGAUGCUACAGCAUACCAACCACACCUGAAGAUUUCCUCAGCAAUGUAGACGAGAUGGAUACAGGAGAAACAGUAGCACAGACUCCAAUGAACAUAAAUCCACAGCAGACACGUUUCCCUGAUUUCCUCGACUGUCUUCCAGGAACAAAUGUUGACCUCGGAACUUUAGAGUCUGAAGACUUGAUUCCUAUCCUCAAUGAUGUGGAGUCAGUACUCAACAAAAGUGAGCCCUUCCUUACCUGGCUGUAAUCGAUAGUUGUUCAGUGCUGAUUCAGCCCAUAGCACAAUUCAACGUUACCUUUCCCUCUUGAAAUAGAGGUAGAGCAUCUGAAAAUCCUCAGAUGUACAACUUCAUGCCCUACUGACUUUCACUGCAUCACUUUAUUGUCAAUUGUAUCUUUGUCUGGAUUUGAUUGACAGUAACUUAAAUAUAAAAUACAUGCAUAAAAUUAUAUUAUAUUUUACUUUUUAAGAACUACUUCUACACAUCUGUAGCCUUUUUCCUUUACAUAUCAUGUAGAAGUGUUUCCCCUGGGGAGAAGAGAGGGAAAUCAUGUGGGUCCAUGACUAAACUCAUGGAUAGUUAUUAUUACAAACUCUAAUGAACUGCAAAAGCUGACCAUAAGACUGAGCUUGCAUCAGGCAGCUUGGUCCAGCAAAACCUGCACCAAAUUGGACCAUAAGUGCAGUUUUGUAUUUAUGCCAAUAGUACCAAAUGCUUUUUUUAAAUCUAUUUAACUUGAGCUUUAAAAAUCAUGUGUUAUUAGUAAAAUUGUGCUGUAUGAAAUACAGAAUAAUUCUGAUUCCAUGUCAGCCAUAAGAAUUCUUAUACAUUUUGCAAAGGCACAAACAGUACUAUUGCAGUUUAUUUUUCAGUAUAUUACUGUAUAGCUUCCAGAUGAUUAAUACUUCCAAGUUGAAUUGUUUAGUAACAGUUUUACACUACAAUACUGUUGUAAAAUAGACCAGAUUGGUACUAAUAUUACCAUUAAAAGAAUGUGAUUAUAAACAUGUAAUUUCUAAAAAAAGCAUCUUUGAUUUUGAUGUUUAUUUUAUUAAGCACUACAAUUUUUUAACUAAAUACAUGAACAAAUGGAUGUUUUUUAUAAUUUUGUGGCAGUGGUUAUCUUUGACAAGUGCAAAAAUAGGUUUAUAAAAAUCAAGGCAGGAAAGUGAGAGACAAUUUGAUAUUACUAUUUUCAGUAAAAAAAAGAAAAUGAAAAAAUCUUUGUUCAUCAUGUUUUCAGUAGUAGCAUUUUUAACUGACCAUACUGAUGACACUGUACAGAUAACUGAAUCCAUGACAAGAAGAUGGUCACUUUAUCAGUCGAUGAUAAGCAGGAAUUUGCUUGUGUCUGGUAAAGUUGCUAAAAUUUUAACCUUUGUUCCUUGCUACAGUUAAUGUACAGGACCAAGGUCUAAUAUCCUUUAUACUCAUGUAUUGUAUAUCCUCUCAUGCCUUCUUUAUCGGAUGUUUGGGACUGAAAAAGCAUCAAGGACACACAGCAUGCAGAUCCCCUGAAGCAUGAAUGAAGUCCUGAAAUUCUUAAGUAUUUUAAACUGAUAGUAUUUAUAAUAUAUGAAUUUAAGCUUUUUAUACUGAAAAAUGCAUCUUUUUAUGAAAGGCAUUAAUACAGUUCUCUAAGUUUGAUCCACUCUAUGUGGAGAAAGCGAGAGACGUAGCACUCAGUGCAAAUGUCUGUUUUGUGAGGUCUGUUACACAUUAAGAUCCUAUCAAUGCACCAGAAUAUUGGACAUUAACUUUUUUUUUUGGUUUUGUGGCUGGAAGGCAGGUGAAAAGGUCAGAGAUGAGUGGCAGGGAUAUGGAGUAGAUUUGAAAAGUGAGCAGUUACAUAACAUAAAACAGUAGUACUGUAGUACCUGAAAGGGAAGGAUGGCUGCAGAUAGGGAUGUACAUGGAGAAAGAACCACUAGCAUUCAGUUAAAAAUACCAUACCCAUGAAUUAAUAGAAGACACUACCUUGAAAGAGAAGAGCUGCUUAGAUGCAUGUCAUACCAGAGGCUGCAAGUUGCACUAUCUGCAGUAGUCUUUUAAGCAGGAAGGGGCAAAGCUUAAAAUUAUGAAGUUCUAUAGAGAAGAUUAGCUCUUUUAUAUUCUAUUUUUUCAUGUAAAAUGAGAUGAGGCAACAGAGUUUUUUGCUUGCAUGGAACAUUAUCACUGAAUGGGCAUUGUUUUUCUUUCUUUUGUCUUUUUAUUCACUUAUGCCAGAAAUAAUUGUUGAUAACUGAAUAGGAUCUUUCUGAACAAACAAGGGACCGAGCAGGGCUGAGCAUUGUUCUGUAUUAUUAUGAAUAUCUUUUUUUUUUUCCUUUAAAAAAAAAUUCAGGUUAUCAACUCAGAUGAAAAGCAGAUGGUCCUAAGGGUCUUUUGAUUACACAGUGGUUUAAUGGCAUCUGAAUGUGACAGUGAAACUCUUCAAGCCAGCUCCUUAGCUUCUGUAUGUCUAUGGAUGCCAGUGGCUCCGGUUGAUUUACACUCCACAGGGAUUCAGCCUUGAGCACAACUCCUGUGAGGAUAUAGAUCAGGAGAUGAUGUUUAGAAAAUGGAGUCUGCUCAUUUACUAGUAAAUCUGCAGAUGUUUAUAAAUGACAUUUAGCAUAAAAUGGAUAAAACUUGUAGACAGAUCAGGUCAGACACUUUGCUGAUGCCAGUUGGUUUACUUCCUGGACUUCAUUAGGGCUAUGCUGAACAUCAGCUGAGGUUCUGACCCUAGGUGUUUACCACUUAAAUUGAAAGCAAGUGUAGUGUUCUUAUGCAGUCGCAUCAGAUUGAGCAUACAGCAAUUAAUUCCAAAGUCAGAAACCUGAUUAAGUUUUUAUUAACACUGUACUGUAAAUCAGAAAUAACUCCAGUGAGGUCAGUGGAGUUAGACUGGUAUAAAGCCAGGGGUGAAUAAGGGAAGAAUCAGGCCCAGAGACCAUAAAAAGGUGGACAUUAUAUAACUUUUCAUAUUACUGUGAUAAAAUAACAGAAUUAAAUAGAAAGGUGCUACAUAGAACGUUAUUGUUGUUGUGAAGCAGCUGCCAGGAUGUUAGGUCAAACUCUUUUUUUUUUUAAUUUCUAAACCAAAUCUUGGUGAAGAUAAAGUAAUUCUUUCCACCUUAAACUGGUUUUUUUGUUUGUUUUUUGUUGUUGUGGGGAGGUGUAUUGGAUGAAGUGCAACAGAAAAAAAAUCUAUCUUAUACGUGAAGUCCUCCUUUCAUGGAGUUUUCUGACUUUAAAAUAGGUUUUUAACAGAAGUGCAAGUUUUGAAAAGCAUAUGAAUAUUAUUGAAAUUACAUUUAAUUUUUGACAAUAUUUCACUGUAUUAUUUCAGGUUAUAAAAUUACAUUUAUUUUACUGAAUUUACACUGUCUACUUGUAGUAUAAUACAGUAUAUAUGCUAGUAGGGCAGUUUUACUGUUGACCAUCACUGAGUGUGGCAUACAUAAAUGUUGGUGAUAUGGAAGUAAUGGGAUGUUGUUAAUUGCAAUUUGUAUUGGGUAACACUAUUAGAAUUCACCUUUUCAGGUGGGUUGACUUUAUGAAAACGAAUACUGUGUUUUGGAGGCAGAUGGGAAGGGUUUAAAAUGUCUAUUUUAAAUAUGGGAAAAUGGGUGUUCAAACAAACUUUGUUUCCUAAUACACUACAUCUAUGUAUGUGCUAGUACUUUAACUUUUGUAUUUACUUUUUAAUUUUGUUAUGUUAUAUGACUACAUGUGUGAGCAUUUGUUUUUAAUUUAGAAUAUUUUGCAUACAAGGAGUAUGCAUCAAAAGCAGUUGGAUCAAACUGUUGUACCCAGAGUUUGGUUCUGGUUCUUAUUUCAUCUUGUACAAGAAAAAUAAAUAUAAAUGAAUUUAAACAUC